CUAAAACAUCGAUUGCAGCAGUUUCCACAUUUUAAACCAUGCAGAAAGCUUCUGAUGAUGCCACAUCCUACAUAGUGUUUCCGUAUCAACAAUCCCACAUCAAUGUCUGAGGAGGUCAACAUGAAAUACAUCAACAGUCCCCUGUCGAUGAUGCGACAGCACUGAACCCGUCCGUGUUCACCAUGUCCGAGUAUCCCGAGGGAGACAGCCCUCUACUGCAACUGCAGGAAGUGGACUCCAGCAGGGUGGGAGCUCAUGUCCUCUCCCCUUUCUUUAACUCUACUUCUCCGGCCCUGCCUGUGGAGAGCCACCCCAUCUGUAUCCCCUCACCCUACUCAGACAUUGACCAUGACUUUACCACUUUGCCUUUCUAUGGUCCCACUCUGUUGGAUUAUGGCGCACCCCCUCUUUCAGACUGCCCUUCAGUACGCCAAUCACUAAGCCCCACCCUCUUUUGGCCACCUCAUAGCCACGUUUCUUCACUUGCAUUGCAUCAACAACAGACUCAUCUCCAACAAAACCAUACAACCAAUGGAACUUGGACUGAACUUAUGCCACAUGAUCACGCCGAUGAGAAAAACAGCAAACCUCUGGUAAAGAGGCUAGCAGAUGCUGAGGAGAGUUCUGCCUCUUUGAGAGGUAAAGCUGACAUGCAUUACUGUGCUGUCUGUAGUGAUUAUGCCUCUGGGUAUCAUUAUGGAGUGUGGUCAUGUGAGGGCUGCAAAGCCUUCUUUAAGAGGAGUAUUCAAGGACACAAUGAUUACAUCUGCCCUGCAACCAAUCAGUGCACAAUUGACAAGAACCGACGCAAAAGCUGCCAGGCCUGCAGACUACGGAAGUGUUAUGAAGUUGGAAUGAUGAAAUGUGGAUUACGGCGAGAACGUGGCAGCUACCAACAUAGAGGAGCACAACAGAAGCGUCUGGCAAGAUUCUCUGGAAGGGCUAGAACAAGUAGCCAGAGAUCUCAAGAGGUUAAAAGUGUCCCACAUCCCCUCAGUGGAAAUGAGGUUGUUACCAUGACGUUGAGCCCUGAGGAACUAUUAGCUCGCAUCAUAGAUGCAGAGCCACCAGAGAUUUACCUCAUGAAGGACAUGAAGAAGCCAUUCACUGAGGCCAGCGUCAUGAUGUCACUGACCAACUUGGCAGACAAAGAACUCGUUCACAUGAUUAGCUGGGCCAAGAAGAUCCCAGGAUUUGUGGAGCUCUGCCUUUUCGACCAGGUCCAUUUGUUAGAGUGCUGCUGGUUAGAGGUUCUGAUGCUGGGACUAAUGUGGAGGUCUGUUGAUCACCCUGGGAAGCUCAUUUUCUCUCCAGACCUGAGUCUCAGCAGGGAUGAGGGCAGCUGUGUGCAGGGCUUUGUGGAGAUCUAUGAUAUGCUGCUGGCAACCACAUCCAGAUUCAGAGAGCUGAAAUUACAGAGAGAGGAGUAUAUGUGUCUCAAGGCCAUGAUCCUCCUCAACUCCAACAUGUGUUUGAGUUCGUCGGAGGGUGGAGAGGAGCUGCAGAGUAAAUCUAAACUGCUCUGUCUGCUGGAUUCGGUGACAGAUGCUCUGGUGUGGGCCAUCUCGAAGACAGGCAUGAGUUUCCAGCAGCGCUCUGCGAGACUGGCCCACCUGCUCAUGCUGCUCUCCCACAUCAGACAUGUCAGUAACAAAGGCAUGGACCACCUCCACUGCAUGAAGAUGAAGAAGAUUGUUCCUCUGUACGACCUGCUUCUGGAGAUGCUGGAUGCCCAUAUCAUGCACAGCUCACGGCUGUCUCACUCUUGCCAUCGAGUAGUCUCUGUUCCGAAAGAGAGCAAGGGGGCCCAGGAGGCCUACGGCAGCUCAUCUCAGCAAAAAGGAAUGUAGUACCAUAGUCAGUCAGCUCUUCUUUCUCUCCAGUGUUGAAGAAUGAUCUGUAGUUUCGGGAGGAUGGACAACAAAUACGGCCACAUAAAACAAGUGGAAUUAUUUCACCAGAUGAAAACACCAUUGGUGUCUUUCUUGAGCUUCUUUCCUACAAUUAAAC